UCGGGAGCCGGGACUCCCAGCCAAGCCGGCAGCCUCGCGGGUCUACCGCUGAGGGUCAGGGAGUCGGGAUUCCCGGGUGCCCGAAUUCUAGGAGUGAGAUGAACGUUCAGAGUGCGAGCGGUCCACCAUUGGCCCCGUAUCCUCCCUUCCUGGCCGUUGCCUUUUGAGGUCCACACAGAGAGGGCAGCCCGGGGACGCGUCUGGAGCAGGUGUCUGACCAUGGACAUCUAGGACCCGGGCUGAGAAGAGGGCAGCGGAGCGUGCGGGCACCCGCAAGGGUCGCAGGGGCCCCAUUGCUGUAGCCACGCCCCUCAGAGACCCCGCCUCCAUGCCCCGCCCGUCCCGCCCCCUCCCUGCCGGGGUGGGAGACCGGGGGGCCCCCACAGCCGUGAGUCCCGCCAUGAAUGUUGCCUCGCUCCUACUUCUGCUGCUCCUGGUGGGCCGCCGGCUCCAGGCUGCGGUUGUCACGGAGUCAACGCUGCCCACUGUGGUCCUUGCUAUCCUGGCCCGCAAUGCGGAACACUCUCUGCCCCACUACCUGGGCGCACUGGAGCGCCUGGACUACCCCCGGGCCAGGCUGGCCCUCUGGUGUGCCACAGAUCACAACGUGGACAACACCACAGAGAUGCUACAGGAGUGGCUGGCUGCUGUGGGCCGUGACUAUGCAGCUGUGGUCUGGAAGCCCGAGGAGGAGGCCAGGCCCUACCCAGAUGAACAGAGUCCCAAACACUGGACCAAAGAAAGGCAUCAGUUUUUAAUGGAGCUGAAGCAGGAAGCUCUGACCUUUGCCAGGGCCUGGGGAGCCGAUUACAUCCUGUUUUCAGACACAGACAACAUUCUCACCAACAACCAGACGCUGCGGCUUCUCACAGAGCGGCAGCUGCCAGUGGUGGCCCCAAUGCUCGACUCCCAAACCUAUUAUUCCAACUUCUGGUGCGGGAUCACUCCACAGGGCUACUAUCGCCGUACAGCUGAAUACUUCCCUACCAAGAACCGCCAGCGCCAGGGCUGCUUCCGGGUCCCUAUGGUCCACUCUACCUUCCUGGUGUCCUUGAAGACUGAGGAAACAGCCCAGCUUGCCUUCUACCCACCUCAUCCCAACUAUACUUGGCCCUUUGAUGACAUCAUUGUCUUUGCCUAUGCCUGCCAGGCUGCUGUGGAUGGGCCCCCCAUGAUGGCCUCAGAUCAUGUGUCUCGGCCCCUAAAGAAGCCCAGCAAGAUGGGAUUUGAUGAAGUCUUUGUUAUCAGCCUGGCGCGCAGACCCCAGCGCCGGGCUCGAAUGCUGAGCUCUCUUUGGGAGAUGGAGAUCUCUGCUCAGGUGGUAGAUGCUGUGGAUGGCAGGACACUCAACAGCAGUAUCCUUAAGCACCUUGGUGUGGACCUGCUCCCUGGCUACCAGGACCCCUACACAGGCCGCACACUGACUAAGGGUGAGGUGGGCUGCUUCCUCAGCCACUACUCCAUCUGGGAAGAGGUGGUUGUCAGGGGCCUGGCCAGGGUUGUGGUGUUUGAGGAUGACGUACGCUUUAAGGACAACUUCCGGAGGCGGCUGGAACAGAUGAUGGAGGAUGUGGUGACCCAGAAGCUCUCAUGGGACCUGAUCUACCUUGGCCGGAAGCAGGUGAGCCCUGAGGAGGAGGUGGCCGUGGAGGGCCUGCCUGGUCUGGUGGUGGCUGGGUACUCCCACUGGACGUUGGCGUACACCUUGAGCCUGGCAGGGGCUCGAAAGCUGUUAGCCACCCAGCCUCUGCAACGAAUGCUACCUGUGGACGAGUUCCUGCCUGUCAUGUUUGACCAGCACCCAAAUGACCAGUACAAGGCACACUUCUGGCCUCGGGACCUCCAAGCCUUCUCAGCCCAGCCUCUGCUUGCCUCCCCAACCCACUAUGCAGGAGAUUCUGAAUGGCUCAGUGACACAGAGACAUCCUCCCUCUGGGAUGAUGAUAGUGGCCGCCUAAUUAGCUGGACUGGCUCUCAAAAGACCCUUCCUGGCCCCCACCUACCCCUGGCUAGCAGCAGUGGACAUAGCCUCCAUCCUCACCCCACGGAUGAGCUCUAGCCCUAGCCCACAAGGUCUGAGUGGGAACUCCAAAGGAGCAACAGGAACAGAGAGGGUCGACAGGAAACACAGAACCUACAGAAGCCUGACUGUUACCUUGGGCUCAGCCAUUCUGGACCAAUCCCAGGUUGGGAGAGCCACUCAGAGACAGGAUCCAUUCCCUGAAAGUCACAAAGUGAAAAGACAAGAUUCGGAGACACUUGAUUCUGACUGCAGCUUUAGAGCCCAGUAAGCUCAGGAACAAGGGAGACCUCAGCUUUUGGAUUUCAAGCUGGCCAGACCCCAGACUCCUGCCCUCUUUGAGGACUCAGCUGCUGGGCCUACCUUGCCUCCAUCUACCUCCACCUCAGUGCCCUCCCUGGCUUCACAUCUGGGGCUCACUAUUACCUUCUUCCCUGUUUGGCAGAAAGUGCAGGAAGGUGGGAGGCACACCUGGUGCUCGGCACACAGUAGGCUUUCAAUAAAAGUCCUCUGCAUUAGCACUUUAUACUUCA